ACCCCCCAAAACUUAGAACAAAAUGAAGUUCUUCGUCGCCAUCUUUGCCGCCCUGCUGGCCGUGGCCGCUGCCCAGGAGCUGUACACCUCCAAGUACGACAGCGUGGACGUGGACGAGAUCCUCAAGUCCGACCGGCUGUUCAAGAACUACUACCAGUGCCUGCUGGAGGAUGGCCGCUGCACCCCCGAGGGUAACGAGCUGAAGCGCAUCCUGCCCGAGGCCCUCGAGACGAACUGUGCCAAGUGCAGCGAGAAGCAGCGUUCCGGUGCCAUCAAGGCCUUUGGAUACCUGAGCGAGAACCGCCCGGAGGAGUGGAAGGCUCUGCGAGCCCGCUUCGACCCGGAGAACAAGUACCUCGAGCUGUACCGCGAGGAAGGCGAGAAGAACGGAAUCAAGUUUUAAGCGGUGUUCUGUGACUCCCUUUAAAUCCCAAAACCAAUGUCCCAAACCACCACUCCCCUAAACCAAUUCUUGCCCCACGUUGCUCUUAAGUAGUCUUUAUAUCGAAAUUCAAAACACUAUUGUACUAUUGCUUUGUUUGCUCCCGGUGAGUUCGCCAUCAACCGAGUUGGAGAAAUAAGCCGCGCUGUAACUCAGUUAGUACCUUCGG